AUGGCUUCGCUCGGAAUCGCAGUUGCUCUGUUCUUCCACGUUUUGAUCUUCUCGGUCACUGGUGCUGAUUCGGCGACAUUCACCAUAGUCAACUCGUGCAGCUUCACGGUCUGGCCGGGGAUCCUCUCUGGCGCCGGAACCGCUCCGCUCUCCACCACCGGCUUUGCCCUCGACCCCGGCGCGUCCACCUCGGUGACCGUCCCUGCCUCCUGGUCCGGCCGCCUCUGGGGCCGCACCCUCUGCUCCCAGGACCCCGCCAACGGCAAGUUCGCCUGCCUCACCGGCGACUGCGGCUCCUCCGCCCUCGAGUGCUCCGGCAGCGGCGCCACCCCUCCCGCCACCCUCGCGGAGUUCACCCUCAAUGGCGCCGGCGGGCUCGACUUCUACGACGUGAGCCUGGUCGACGGGUACAACCUCCCGAUGAUGGUAGUACCGCAGGGCGGCGCCGCCUCCGGGGCGGGGAACUGCAGCGACGGGUGCGCGGCGGACCUGAACGUGGGGUGCCCGCAGGAGCUGAAGGUGACGAGCGCCGAGCGAGGGCGGGUGGCAUGCAAGAGCGCGUGCGACGCGUUCGGGGACCCGCAGUACUGCUGCAGCGGCGCCUACGGGUCGCCGGACACGUGCAGGCCGAGCCAGUACUCGGAGUUCUUCAAGAGGGCGUGCCCGAAGGCCUACAGCUACGCCUACGACGACGACGGCACCAGCACCUUCACCUGCGCUUCGGCGGAUUACGAGAUCACAUUUUGCCCGACACCGUCCACGAGUGUCAAGGCGGCGGGCGGUGAGUACGCGAUGUUGGCGGCGGAGGUGUCGGGCAGCGGCGCUCGUCGUUGUACGCCGUCGCUAUCGGCCGUCGCUGUCGGCGUUUCGGCGACAGUAUGGCAGUUGGGGCAGCUGUUCUGAUUUGGAAAGAAAGGAAAAUCUUCGUCGCCUCCAGCGCUGGCUGUUGACAGUGGGCGCACCUCUCUCUCUCUCUCUCUCUCUCUCUCUCUCUAUAUCUCAAGUGGGUGUAGGGCUCCGUGCGCUUUACAUGAUCAAGUGGAUUAUAGACUCAACGAGCGGCCCGGAAUGGAGAGAAGAAAAUCUCAGGAGGUCAACGCGUUGCUUCACGAGGGACGCGAAUCUCUGAGCAAAAAUAUUUCCGGGAAAAGUGAUGUUUUCUCGGGAAAUUUUUCGGAGGGUCGAAGUCAGCUGCCGGCUGGCAAGGGAUUGCAGGGCCUUUGUACAACGACCAGCGUUAGCCGGAAAAUUUUAAAUUGGGCAAUAAA